AUGACGAACAAUGCCUCACAAGGGGUCUGCAAUUCAACAACACUGAAUCAGGCCAGUUCCAGGAUUUCUAAAGCUGUAGACACCCUGACUAACCAACUGUCUUGUGAGGGAGGGAACAACCAAAGCUUUCCUGAAGAGAAGUUCCGCGUGCUGCAACAAGACCUCAGACAGAUUAUGAAAUUGGCCUUAAAAGUCUUCCUUCAUUUGGGCACCAAUGAAUCAAAGUCUGAGGUCCUGGAUGUCUUUGGAGCUUUGAACAGUCUCAACAGUGAAAACGUUCAAAAUGUGCAGUUCAUCCGCCUGUGGUUCAACGUCCAGCUGCUGGAGGUUUUGAACGUCCUCUCACCAAACCAAAAGGCAGAAUUGAUACUGGACCCAAGCACUGGCGCUCUGGAGAAUGAGACUCUUGUGAAGAACAUUUUCAUCAGCRUGCUGGAAUCUCCAAGGGAAGAGCAGCUCAAUGAYUUCUUUGUGACUUUUGUUGAAGUCACCAAGCAGGAAAACAUCACUAUCAUCACAAACACAGCCGUAAGAGACACAAUGCUGGACCUGACCUUGAUGGCUCUUGCUCCCAAAUUUGACGUUUUUGAGCCAAAAGACUUCCAGCUGUGGUUCCAAGUCAAUCUGGUUGUUCUGCUGGCCAGCUUCCACCCUGGCAGAUUGGAUGAUAUCCCCCUAAACAUCACCUGUGAAUCCUACAAUGCCAUAUUUACGGGUCUCGACCAAAGUUUGGAAUCUCUUCCGCCUCACCUCUCAGAGGGUGUAAAGUCAAGCUUGGAUGCACUGAUGAAGACAUUCCAACGUUGCUCAAGGCCUCCAGCUUUAAUUGUGUGCAAAGAAACAUUGGUCAAUGGUAAGUUGAUGCUAGCUGUGCAAUUGACAUUUUCUUGA